CCCAAAUCUUAAAAUAUGAAGGGAAUAGAAAAGAAAAAUGUAAAAGGAAAAGCACUAUUACUAGUUUAUCAAAUGGCCUGCCUAAAGCCAUUAGAACAAGCAUUGCACACCAUCUGUUUUUUCCUAUAGUUCAAAAUGUUCAUUUGUUCCAAGGUGUUUCACCGAACCUCCUUUUCCAACUGGUUCCUGAAAUGGAAGCUGAAUACUUCCCUCCGAAGCAAGACGUAAUUUUGCAGAAUGAGGCACCAACUGAUCUGUAUAUAAUAGUUUCAGGAGCAGUGGAAUUUAUAGCACAGAUUGAAGGGCUAGAGCAAACAAUUGGAAAAGCUGUUGCAGGAGAAAUAUUUGGAGAAAUAGGUGUUUUAUGUGGGAGAACACAGCCAUUUGCUGUUCGAACAACCGAGAUUUCUCAGAUUCUAAGGCUAAACAGGACAUCAUUGAUGAACAUUCUUCGAGCAAAUCCAGAAGAUGAACGGAUUAUUAUGAACAAUCUAUUGAUGGUAAGUAAACCAGAUUAUGUACUGGUAAAUUAUCCACUGUUUUUUUAAAUAAUUAAAAUGGGUGGGUUUAGUUAAAAUGGGUGGGUUUAGUUAAAAUGAGUGGGUAAUGGGUGGGUUUAAAAUUAUUUUAAAUAAUUAAAUUACAAUCAAUGGUUGAGUGCCACGUCAUUAAAAAUUAUUAUUUAAUUAUUUUUAAUUUUGGUAUGUUAAUGAAGGGGUAAAUUUGGACCCAAAGGUGGAUGUGAAAGGUAUUUGGGGGCCAAUAGGUGGAUGGAGGGCAAUUGUGUAUCAUUUUCAAUACUUUGAGGGUAUUUUAGGCCCUUUUCCGUAUAAAUAAUAAAGAAUCGUGCACGGGGAAAUUGAUUAAUUUGUAAUAAAAUGAAUAUUAAAUGAGUGUUUAUAAAAAGUAUGGUUAAUGGAGAGGAGGUUUGAUUGCUUUGAUUAAUUAAUUCUUGGUAUGUUAAUAUAUCUCUUGAUGUUGUUUGAGCUUAUGAAUAAGAUUUAGACAGACAUGUUUUUCUUAAGGAAAAGUUUUAAAGAAUAUUCAAUAAGAAUCUGUUUGUUAACUAUCUGUUACAAAUUUCACAAUUUAAAUUUGUUUAACUUCUUUACUAUCCUAAAUAUAAAUGAUUAUUUUUAUCUCAUAUAAGUUUUCUUUAACUUAUUCUAAUUUAUUUUCUUCUUUCUUUGUUGUACGUGAACUCCUCUUGAGUCCAUUUGGACUCCAUUUCCCCUCUUUCUCGCACCCGAGAUGAGCCAUAAAGGUUCCAGUUACUUCAUCGAGUCAGACAACCAAAAAAAGGCGUACAGGUCCUAAGUCGAAAAGAUUCAAAUCGGAGAAGUUGAAAAUUUGGGGGGCUAAGAAGCCCAAGUUUAUUUCCUUAAUGUUGUAUUUUGUUCUUUUGGGUCUAAGGUCUUGUCGCUUUUUAUUUAUCCUUUAUUAUUAUCUUUAGAACUUUAGGACAUGUACCAAGAAAGUGAGCAAAAGACCUAAACAAAUGGGAUCCAAAUACUGGUCCAUGCAGACAGAAAUCUAAUUUGGACCCAAAUACUCUCUCU